CUCGUUGAUUAACCUAGUCGUUUGGAAGUUCUGCUUGUAGGAAAUGCUUAGAGUGGGAACACUAGUGGGAAAGUUUCACGUGUCGCACUGGAGUAGGUUAAGUGGAAAGACCACGCUACUAUUGGUAGCUUCUACGACAGUAUACUCGAAACCAGCACCGGAACCACCUAGCUCGUACUUCCCUCCAUCGAGCGGUGCUAGUCUCUCAAGCGGUAGUUAUGGUCCCCCAGACCGCUAUGGGCCACCCCAACAACAACCUGUCGUCCAUAAACACGUUUACGUUCAUGUACCACCUCCGGAAGCGCCAGAAUACAAACCACCAAAAUACAUACCACCCGCAGCACCACCACAGAAACAUUACAAGAUUGUGUUUAUAAAAGCACCUACUCCACCAACACCAACAGCACCAGCUCUACCACCAUUACCGCCUCAAGAUGAAGAAAAGACUUUGAUCUACGUACUGGUGAAAAAGCCAGAAGAGGCUCCAGAAGUUGUUCUCCCGACUCAAGCACCAACGCAGCCCAGCAAACCAGAAGUCUAUUUCAUUCGAUAUAAGACACAGAAGGAACAACAAAAUGCAGAAUAUGGACCCCCACCACAAUCACCUCCUUCAGAUAACUAUGGCGCUCCACCAUCAAGCCCUGGUGGUCCUUAUUAAAUAAUCCUAUUCCAUAAGAAUGCUCUGAAUCAAAUACUCAAAACACGCGAAUCUCGUGAAUUAUAGAGAUUUUAGUCAAUAAUAACACUCAUCAUCCAUGAGAUUUUGAGAAAAUCAAUCUGUAAGUAAUGUUAUUACUAUUACAAAGUUUUGUGACUUUUACGAUUAUACUGAGGUACUAUUUAUCUCUGUCAAUGAUAGUAUACUAAAGACACUUUGUAAUGUUAAUAUCAUUAACCAUAAGUUGAGAUGGAAAUUCAUGCAUAAUACUUGUAUUAAUUUAUUAUAUAUAUUACUUUUAUCUCUAUUAAUUUCAAAUUAUUAUCAAAUGAAUCAGAAAGAAAGUUAUACAAUCAGAAAUAUCUUUUCUGCAAAUUUCAACAUUAUUUUAGAGCACUAUUCACAAAGGAUUAUCACAUAUAGAAAGUUAACAAAUUCAGAAAUUUCUGAUUAAUACAAGAUACACAAUGAAAAUUAUUGUAACUAAUAUAUAUGUAUAUUUUAAUAAAAAAACUAUUUGUACUUUUGUAAAAAGUUUCACUUCAUUAGUUUUACAUUUAUUUCCCCUUUAAAGCUACUGUAAUAUGAAUUUUCUUUUUCGAUCAAUAUACACAAUUCAAUAAAAGUAGAUCAGAAACUAAAGAAGAUACAAAAAUUUAAUUUAAUGCAAAUUUAUUUGGAACAGAAUACAAAAGGAUAACAAACAAUGGUUUACAAUUCCAAGUUUAUAAUUUUGAUAUACAAGUAUAUUAAAAAAUUACUUCAUUUAAAAAGAUAUUUUUAUAAAUAACUUGACUGUUUAAAAUAUAAUAACAAUGAAAAAAUAUUCAAUAUGUUCGCUUGUAUAUCUAUAAAAAAUUGUAAACCUGUAGUUAGUAUUACAACUUUUACUGUAAAAAUUAGUCUUACUUGUUUAAAUAAUCUAUAAAAGUAUUUCACAGAUUCAGAAAGAUUCUUUUGAAUUAUUAUAACUUCCAAAAAAAUUGUCUAAAUAUUUUAUCCUAUCUUCUUUGGGUAAAAGUAUUUACUUAUCUAUUUAUACAUUUCCUUUGCAAUACAUUAGAUUGAGUAGUAAAUUCAUUCCUUUUCUUGCAAAAUAAAUAUGUCUAAUAAAAGAAGUAUAAACUAUUUUAUUUUAUCACUUUUUACUGCUUGCAAUUAUAUCGUUUCUUUACUUUAUCACUGUAAAACUUUCCUUCCUAUUAUAAAACGAUAUGGACAUAUUUUCUCAGAAUUCUAUGUAAAUACAUAUUCAAAACAUAAAAAUUUCCAACCAAAUUGCAUUGGAAACAUUAUUCUAGUGAAAAAUAAUGGUAACUAAUUUCUUUUUUUAUUGCCUAUGAUUAACUUAUACACAAUAUUUAUCAGUAGUAAUUGUCUGCUUUUCUGAUAAAACAUUAUAAUAAAGUCA